UUUCUUAAAACUCAUGUCGUCUUUAAGGUAUCUCGAAAGAAUCAGUUUGUGCAUGCAUUGCAUUUAUUACCGUGCACAGAAAGUGCCGCUCUGAUUUGAAUAAACUGGUCGAAUGGAUUUCGUUUCGCCUUUUUGGAGGACUGCGGUAACGAUUUUAUUGAUAGACCUGAGACGAUUUGUCGGCACCGACAAAAAUCUGGCCCUGGCUGGCCUGGCUUCCAAUUACCAUUCCAGAGCCAUCACUGACGUCUCGGUAUAGCGGUGAUUCAAGAAGUGAUCGCGUUUACCAGCCUCUUGUUAGAUGUCAAUCCAAGGCGCAAGUGCAGCACGGCUCUUUCCUGCAUUGGUUAAAGGAAGUGAACGGACGGUAUGCUCUCUUCCAGCACCGUGUUACAGUUGGGAGACUUUUAUCCAGUGUAGUUUGGGAACAGAAAUUCAGCCAGACAACACCGGCAUAUCUAUCAUCGCCUGCGCAAACUGGUACCGCGGCUAUAAAUAUUAUCAAUAUCAGUUCGAUUUGGUGGAAAAUGACGAAUAUUCGGGAGGAAAAGCUAGUGAAUUAUCUGAUGUGAUCGCGUUAUCACGUUGCACCAGACGACCUUUCGGUGUUGCGCCGGAGCGAAACAACUCCGUGGCUGUCCUGCGGAGUCAGGAUAUUGCGCCGGGAUCUUGUACCGUGUGGCGUGUGAAAUUUUGGUAUCGGUUGUCUGACUACCCGGUUUUCGCUUCUGCCGACCCACAAAACCAGUUUUAUCUCGAAGUGUUUGUCGAGAAUAGCGGAGAAACAUUCCCCACGGAAGUGGUUUGGGGCAGAGAGGAGGACUAUGACGGUUUUGCACCGAAUGUUUGGAAUAUUGGUGAGGCAAUUUUUCACCGUGAAAGCGAGGCAUUUGCGGUAUACUGGUUCGCCUAUCACAAUAACGACUGUGAAGUUGAUUUAAAAUCGAUCGCUGUGGACGCCAUGGGGAUUCAAUACGCCGCGCCCGCUACCCUGGCCACCGGAAUAUGUACAGGUCCAUCGACGGUACUCACGAUUUCAACGACAAUUACACCAGUGGAAGGAAGUCCUUUUACUUCGGCUCCAUCGCAACCAUUUGCAGUGUCCGGGUUUACUUCGUCGGAACCCACGACGACAGAACCCACGACGUCCCCGACAUUCGCAGCUAUGAUAGCAGCAACGAUUCCGACGACGCCGGCAGCCACUACGCUGUUAUCCCCAUUCUCUCUGGAGCUGCAGAAUGCUGUCAACAAGGAGAAUUAUCCGAACAACACUUCUUACUAUGUGCAGUCGACACACAAUGUGCUGCACACGAUUCAAAGCGGACUGAACGAUGCGAAUACGGAGCUCAGCUUUAGUGACAUCGUGACAAUCGCAAACUUCUUCCAAGAAUUUUCAGGAACGGACAUUCCCACUAAUUUAUCAGAGGGUGCUCAGGAAGACUCCAUUAACACGCUGCUGCAGAUCACAAGCCAGAUUUUCACUGCGGAAAACUCGGGGAAAAUAGCCGCACCAACGGCAAACGACGAGGGGCACAGCGCCGCAGUUAGUAUUUAUCAGGCGCUGGAAGACAUGUUCAACAGGCUGCAACCAACGGAGGAACCUUACGUGUUUAAUGAUGCGUCUUUCGCGGUGUAUGCUAAUGUUGCAAAGGUCAACGCUUCCGCGCAGUUUGACGAUCUGCAUCUCUACACAAAAAUGGAAAUCGCCGGUUUUAACCACGGGAAAUUGAUUUUGACUGGCUCCAACGAGAGCAUCCCUUCUUUAGCCACGAUUGCUUUAAAGGACGACGUCCUGCGGGAAGCUUUUAAAGCACUAAGUGUGUCCAAGUCAGCUUCGAAGCUCCGCUUUUACUGGAAUUAAACCGUCUUUCAUUGUCUGGAGUCGACGUCCAAUGAAGCGGGAGCACGGUUCGCAUUUUCUUUGUCCGCGAUGCCGGUAUUCAAAUUCGCUAGAUAUACCCCAAUUAGCGAACUGCGGGAGAGGUCAAGUCCUUUAAUUUUACUGGCAUCUGCAGGAUUCAGCCUUAGCCGAAAAGAUGUUAUCACCAUUCGCCACAACAUAGAUCAGGUUUUCAAUCAUCCCAGCGGGGCUAGAAGGCAGCACCAGUGCAUCUUCCUGGACUAUACCUCCAAACAAUGGUCAACAGACGGAUGCAGAGUAUCAGCUAAAUACCCUAAAUGGGAUAAUACGGUCGUUGAAUGCACAUGUGAUCACUUGACGCCGUUCUCUCUUUUACUAACAUUAUGUGGCAGCCUGUCCAACUCUUUCGCGUCGAAGGAUAAACCGUUUACAUUGGACUUAGCCAUCGUGACCACAGUGACAGCGGUUGUAUCUACUGUGUGUUGCCUCACUGCUUUAAUUAUUAUAAUAGCAAAAGCUUGGCGGAAAAGAAUUGUUUUCGACGAAAAAAAUUUUAUUCGGACGGGUUUGUGGAUCACGCUGUUCGGCAUGUACUGCUUCAUAGUCACCUCUCAGAUGAUGGUGUCCUUCCCUGAAAUGUGUGGACAGAGGUUUUGUUUAGCCAAUGCGGUUAUAGUACAUUGGUUUGCACUAAUGAGUGUGGCUUGGACAGCCGUGGAAACGGUGCGCCUCGUCCAGGUCAUACGACAGCCAUUUAAGUACGGAAGAGAGGGCCUUCUUCCUUACCACAGUUAUCACGGAUUCAGGAUAAAAACUUGGCUGAUAGCGACACGUUAGUUGCUGCAUUGCUUUACUGAAAUUACCUAAAUAUUUCUCCUUUUCUUGUUUAUCAAAACAGCAGACAGAUUUUCUAGGAUUUGGUUUCAGUAAUCCCUUGUGCGUUUCCUUUCCUUGCCUCGAUGCCGGAAUUUUCCGACAGCUUAGCGCCGCUUCUGGGUGGCUAUGGUUACGCUAGCCAUGAAAAAUGGUAAUCAAUAAAACCUCUGGUAAUGAGUAUCAGGCUCAGGAACAUAAGCUUGUCUGUGCCGUAGGUGCUGGUUGGGUGAUGAUAGCGCCUGGAUCCCAUGGGUGACCUUUAUUGUACCUGUAUCGCUUGUGGCCUUACUUAACAUUUCGACAGUGGUAUUCUACUUCGUCUGUAAGUUGUAUUUCUACAGCUUUUCAUCGCUAAUGUGAAGCCGCAUGGAUCUUGUGUUGCCAGCAACCAAUGCGCGCCAAAAUAAACUUACGGCUCUGGACAAGCGUAGCGGCGUCGACCGGGAGCGUGUUAAAGUACGACUUCAUGGUGUUAUCAUAAACACUGGCCUGAUGGGAUUGAUAUGGUUGAGCAUGUGGUUGGCGCUCUUCUCAUGUGUAAUUGACGAAACGGAAACUCUGCCAUACGUUUUCGUUAUACUGCUCACAGCCGCUUGCGGAUCGCAGGCAGUUUACCUUAUCCUCUUCGAAGCUAUUAUUCCCGGAAAACAACGGAAACGAAGGAAAGAUUGCCAUAAUCUAAUAAAGGAAAGCGAUACUUCCGCAACCACACGGACGUAAUCGUGCGUAGCCGGCUCAAUUCGUUAAUAAACGUUAGUGAAAACACCUUUUUGUCAUUUACGUCCACGUUAGCAAUUUACAGAGUGGUAAACACCCACUCGAACUGUUCGAAGCGAGGGAUCCACGCUGUAACAUCAAUUAUAUACGCUUGAUUCUUGUGCAGCCUUGGCUUAACAAAUGCUCAGUGCUUUGUAAAGGGACAACA